AAUAAACGAUCAAUUUAAAAAAAAACACGAGUAAAAAAAUUAACGGACAAGAAGACGUGCACAAGGAAUGUGCAAGCUUGCCUCUCGGUGAAAAGAGAGAGUUUGACGUUUCGAGCAUAGCUCUUCGUCGGAAAAGAGAAACGGAAAAGUUCAAAGAAGGGAGAGAAGUCGGCAACAGCAAUAUAUAUAUAUAUGGAGAUAUUAAUAUCCCUCCCACAUGCACACACAUAAACACAUAAAUUUAUAAAUUAAUCACGAUGGACAAAAAGAAGAAAACAAAAGGAAGUAAAAAGAAACGGAAGACUAAAGGUGCUUUGAUGUCAGAUAAGGAAGCCAUCUUAGUUUACAAAUUAAGUGUUGCCGAGGAGAAACUCCACGAAGCAAAACAAGAGGCCCAAGCAUGGAAGGAGAAGAAUGAACGCCAUAUCAAAAGGAAUCACAAGCUUCAUUCCGAACAAACGGUUCUCGUGGAGCGUCUUUUGAACCAAUUCCGAGAAACUGAAACCAAAUGGAACAGUGAAGAAGUUGUCGGUAAAGAUGUGGUUGUAGAAGCGCUUCAAGACAAAUGGAAUCGAGUCGAAGACCAGAAGAAAGUUAUUGCCGCGACUCUGACAGAUCAGUUGGUUCACGAGAGAGACAGAGUAGAAGGAACCAUGACGGAGAAAGUCGAGAGUCAAAAAGAGAAGGCUAACAAGAAAGUCGUGUCGUUAAUGCCGAAGCACUGCUGCCGCCAGUUAAAAGAUAAUGGCUGGCUUAAACGCGAAAUAGAGCUCCACGUUAAGGAACACGAGGAACUGUCACAGUGUGUCUCUGAACUAGAAAAAAGUAAUUUAGAGAAAAUGAAGCAUUUAUUCGAAAUAAACGCGAAUGAUUUAAGAAUAUCAAGAACUGCAAUCCUCAACCAAUGUUCAGAAAAUGAUGACAUGGAAGCAAGUCCGAGUGCAAUAGAGAUAGAUUUAGCAAACAUAAUCAAUACGUGGUCAAAGAGAGUUGAUAUCAACACCAAAUCGAUAGUUCCAGUUGCAGAUUACAGUCGGCCUCCGUCAUCAUUUUUCCUGACGCAAGAUGAGCAAUCUCACAAGACCAACAAUUUUGAGGAAGGGUUGUUAGUCGGUAAUAUCGACUUCUAUCUUUUCAUUGGUAGUCCAUUUAUCGAUGCCAGAGGGAUGAAAAUCCAAUUCAACCGCUGUGGGAGUUGA